GCCUUUUCUUCCAAGUCUUGUUUAGUCUUUCUGAGGAAGAUGGCGGAAUCAUCGGCGGCGGCAGCAGCACCGAGGUCGGAUGCGGAGACGGAGGAGUUGCUGGAUCGAAUGCUUACUCGGCUGGCGCUCUGCGACGACUCCAAACUCGAAGCCUUGCUCUCGAAGCUCCUCCCUCUCACCAUCUCCUCACUCUCCUCUCAGUCUCUAGCCGUCCGCAACAAGGUUCUUGAGAUCUUGAGUCAUGUGAACAAGAGAGUGAAACAUCAGCCUGAGAUUGGUUUGCCAUUCAUGGACUUAUGGAAAAUGUAUGGUGAAUUGAAUGCACCUCCAAUGGUUAAGAAUUUCUGCAUCAUAUAUAUUGAGAUGGCAUUUGAACGGAUAAAUUUAAAGGUUCUCUUUAUAGGAGAAAGAAAAUAUGGCACCAAUGGUUUUGACAAACAUUUCAAAGCUUCCUCAGCAGCACCAAGAGAUCAUCAUGAGGAUAGCUGUAAAGGUAUAUUUCAAAAUAUUUUCUCUCUCCUUUCUUGAUUCUUCAUAUCAUGUUCUGGAUAUUUUCAUUUAGUCUCUUACUCUCUUUAAGCACCACUGGAUAAGCUUUUUGAUGUUUUCUAAUUCUAGAUAUAGUUUUUAGUUUGGUACCAACAUAUUUACAGCCUUCAUUAGGUUUGUUUU